UGAGGCAUCGAGAUCGCAGAAGAGGAAGAGGAAGAGGAGGCGAUCUUCUCAGUUCUCCUCUCUCUACGCGCCUCUCUCUACGCGUUCUGUCGUUGUCGCCCUCUGCUACCAGAUUGCCUGUGGGUUUGGGGUUCGCCGCCGGGAGCGGUGGCGGAAUUUGGAAAUUUAGUAGGGGAAGCGCGUUUUGCUAUGGAGGAGGGAGGAGGUAGUGGCAGUGUUGGUGGCGGUGGAUCUAGGGAUGUUGCCUUCCUCUCCUCCUUCCUCGUCUGCUUCUUCCUUGCUGUCGUCUCAGCUCAAGACCCAUACUGCCCUGAUGGUUGGCAUGUCAGUCCCAGUAAGAACAAAUGCUUUAUGCAUAUGACUGGUUCUCUACCUUGGGUUCAAUCAGAGAGAGUCUGCCAGAAUUUUAGUGGCUAUUUGGCAGCCCUCACUUCAGUUGAUGAGUUGAGUUUUGCUCAAAGCUUAUGCGCUGGAAGCAUUAGAGGAUGCUGGGUGGGAGGACGAGGUUAUAAUUCUUCUCUUGGAUUUCGCUGGAAAUGGUCUGACAAUAUUUCGAGAUGGAAUGAAUCUGUUUUCCCUGGCAAAUCUUUUCAUUUCGAUUGUUCAAGUGCUUCGUGCAACAGAAUGAGCCCACCUGAUCUGUGUACAUUGGUGCCUAAUAGCCAUGUGGCUCUUGUUGCUGAAAGCUGCAAUACAUCACAUGACUAUAUUUGCAUGGUUACUCGAGCAGAAAACAAAUGUUCCCACAAGCUUUGCCAUAUGGAGUAUAUGAUCGCCCUUGCAGCUGUCAGUGGAUUAAUCCUUUUCAUCACUUUGGUUGUUGUCGUAUGGCUGCUAGUAUAUAGGCGAAGCAAGAAGCGCAGACGGUCUCGCAAAAUUUCUAGUCCUUCAACAGCUGCAUUAGUUCCUCCAUUAUGGAAAGUAUUCACCAGCGAAGAGUUGAGAUCAAUUACAAAGAACUUUAGUGAAGGAAACAGACUUCUUGGUGAUGCCAAAACUGGUGGAACUUAUAGUGGUCUCUUGCCUGACGGCUCAAGAGUGGCUGUUAAGAGACUGAAGAGGUAUAGCCUUCAAAGGAAGAAGGAAUUCUAUUCUGAGAUUGGAAGGGUUGCCAAACUUCAUCAUCCUAAUCUAGUUGCUGUAAAAGGCUGUUGCUAUGAUCAUGGUGAUCGCUAUAUUAUCUAUGAAUUUGUUGCCAAUGGACCGUUGGAUCGAUGGCUGCACCACAUGGCAAGAGGCGGUCGAAGCUUAGAUUGGGCCAUGAGGAUGAGAGUUGCUACAACACUUGCUCAAGGGAUUGCAUUCCUGCAUGACAAGGUGAAGCCCCAAGUUGUACACCGCGACAUACGUGCAAGCAAUGUCCUUCUUGACGAAGAGUUUGGGUCUCAUCUGAUGGGUGUAGGUCUUUCCAAGAUUGUGCCAUGGGAAGUUAUGCAUGAAAGGACAAAGACAGCGGGAACCUAUGGAUAUCUUGCUCCAGAGUUCAUGUAUCGAAACGAAUUGACAACUAAAAGUGAUGUCUAUAGUUUCGGUGUGCUGCUGCUGGAAAUCAUCAGCGGCCGACGACCGAGCCAGGCUGUUGAAUCCGUGGGCUGGCAGACAAUAUUUGAGUGGGCGACCCCGCUAGUUCAGUCCCACAGAUAUGUUGAACUCCUCGAUCCUUUCAUAUCUGACAUCCCAGAGGUCGGGGUGAUACAAAAGGCUGUGGAUCUCGUAUACUCAUGCACCCAACUCGUCCCAUCAGUUCGGCCAAGGAUGUCGCAUGUCGUGCAUCAACUGCAGCAGUUGGGUCUGAGAGCACUCUCCGAGCAGCCAAGAAGCGGCACGAGCACCAGCGCAACAUCGCCAAUGUUGCCGUUGGAGGUGGAGUAUCCUCGCUGAAGUUAAUUUAAAUAGUGUUUGUAAUUUACUAUGAUUCUCAUCGCUUAAAGCUGCCUUAGAAGUUAAUGGCGUGUCAUGUAGCCGAUGAUAAUUUACAUAUAUAGUGGUUAUAACUUAAGACUUGUCGAGAACAAGCUUCCUUGGAAGUUACUCUUACAUUGCAGUGCUUCAAGUUUGAUAGUAGUA